AUGAAGCCGUCGUUGAGGAGAGGCCCCCCGUACAUGGAGGCCGUCAUCCCUCGCCCGCUGCUUGCGGCGCGCGACGAGUGGGCUCGCCGGCACCCACCCCCACCCCGCCGUGCCCAGCCGCGUCGCUCCAACUCCCCACGAUACAUCGUCAUCGACGACGACGAGGACCACCGCCCCCCGCCGAGCAACUACCGCGACCGCUCACAGCAGCAGGCCCAGCCGCAGCCCCAGCAGCGUGCCACCGCCUGGUCGUUUAGGCCUUGGGCUGGCGAUUGCUUUGACCUUUAUGAAGGUAGCCCCUACGGCUUGGGCUCCUUUCGCCGUCGGUCUGGUAGGGACCAGCAGCCCCCUCCCCGCACCCCCGGCGCCGGGCCCGGCUCCGGCCAGCAGGGUUCCGAGCACGCCCGUCGCGGCGGCGGCCCUCCUCCCUCCGACGCCACGUCCUCAGGCUCGAGCCGGCAGCGGCGGCAGCAGCAGCAGGAGCAGCAGCGGCCUCGGCCCGGCGCGGGAGGCGCGUUCGAGGGCGUCGACGACUACCCCUUGUGCAAACCCAAGCCCGGCGAGUACAGCGUGGGCACGAUGGUCCUGCUCGGCACGCUACGCACCCAGUUCGACCUGCCCCCGGCCCAGCGUCAGGCCGUCGUGGCCUCGUUUGACGUUAGAGGCCACCUGAGCUUCCGCGUAAAGACGCAAAACGUCUACGGCGUCCAUAUCCGUGAUGCCAUGUCUCCGACGACAAUCUGUUCGCUUUGA